GGGAUAUAAAUUCCGGGCUUCGCCUCGCCCUCUUGGCCCACUCAUCCCCACUUCCUCUCGCUCUAUAUCAUCUCCACCUUUUCACUGCAAAAGCACUGAAUGAGAACACCUUCGCCUUUCGCUUUCGCCCCAAGCACACCCCAAAUGCGUCCAGAUACCACCUCUCUAUCCACGGACAGCUUACAGCGACCUCAAGUGAAUCCUCAAGGACAAGACCAGGGCAGUAGCAACUGGCCCUAUGGAGCCAUCCAUCCUCGAUCUCAGGCACUCCAGCCUGCCAGCACCUUAUCCGGUAGCAUUGGAUACACGACUCCCUCCUACGUAGGUCUGCGAGCCUCCGACACCACCUCCCUCGACACACUCGGUGACUGGGAGCUCCAGACUGCAAUUGAAGACCACCGCCGACAGCUGCUGAGCCUGCAGAGGCUUCAGCACCAGAGGAACACCCAAAGAACUAUGGAGCAACAGGGUUCGCUGACAUCCACUCCAACUCUAACCCUACCUGGGCCUUUGCUUGCGGAAACACAUCUGAUGGACACAGUACUCACAGCCUCAUUUUCUACUUCCCACCAGCAGCAUCUCUGGUCUCGCUCUAGCCACUUGCCUACAGAGACUGCCGCCGAUACAGUCCCAGAGAAAGAUUUUCACUUUUGGCUACAAAGACAUAAUGAAACGGAGGAGCAGAUGGGUCAAUCACAAACGCAGCAGCAGAUACAGCAUACACGAGUAGCGCUUGAGACUUCAUCCUCCACAUCCCAGGAGGAAGCACUUGGCUCUACACUUGAAUUGCCGACCAGUGCUUCUGGCAACCAUGUGCUGUUCCUGGAUCGACUGCCUGCAAGUCCCUCCAACGGACCAAUUUUAGAGGCCCAAAGUCACCAGCUGCAUUCAUACCGCGAAGAAGUGGAUAUGCUGUAUAAGGCGCAUCUACGCCAACAACAAGGACCCUCUCAGCACCGUUAUCAGCAGCAGAGAAACCGACCACAGGAAGGACAACAGGUAGGGACUACUUUGUUGAUACAGGUAAUAUGCUAGAUGGAUGCGCCGCUCAGUUUACAGCAUACGCUCAGUCUAAUCUAGGCUUCUGAAAUAUCCACAUCCGUGCAGGCAGUGGAGGCAUUGGACCGUUCAACUCAGAAGCGGCUUCCCUCUGUACCACUUGCAAGCGACCACAAACGAGCUGCCUCCGAGACUUCCUUUUCCGAUCCUCGCGAGCAAUCCUCUGACUCCGCCAUUAAACCUCGCGA